AUGGACGAAAACAGCGAAAUAAUUCAACUUGUUUAUCAAUCUGGACCUGUCACAACCCUAAAAGUGAUUGACGAUAUUCUUUUAGCAGGGAUUGGAAGUCAUCUCCAUAUUUAUGAGCUGAAAACGAGUCAAAGAAUCGAAGUUAUCCAAACAUUACCACACCAAAAUAUUCAUGGCAUUUCAGAAGCUCCUUCUGCUAAUGAUAAAUCUUCAAACAAGCUGUUAUGUAUCUUUGGUGGGAGAGCUUUCCAGGUCGUGGAUUUUGACGAGCAGGCAAAAAGGAUUUCCAAAAAAUGCCAGGCUCUGGAGAUUCGUGAUUGGAUCUGGGAUGCACAGUGGUUGAAAACGGCACAAGACGAUUCUUUUGACUGCCUUGCUCUGGUGACUGGUCAUAAUUGCAUCGUCCGAAUAAAUUGGAAAUCAAGUCAAUUAAUUGACAGAAUUCAGUGUGAGGAACAAUGCAUACUCUACUGUGCCCAUUUCAUUGGUUUACAAUGGGACCAGUUAAUCCUUGCUGCAGGCACCGUAUUUAACCAGAUUAUCUUAUGGGCUCCAACGACCAAUCGGACUACCAAUGAAAAUUUAAUCAUCAGUAAACCAUUCCAUCGACUUACUGGACAUCAGGGUGUGAUUUUUUCUAUCCAUUACCAUGAAGGCCUUAAGAAGAUCUGUUCUGCUUCUGAUGAUCGGAGUAUCCGAUGUGUAUUCUUUCUACCAAUCUCUUUCUUCCCAGUGUGUAUUCUUUCUACCAAUCUCUUUCCUCCGAGUGUGUAUUCUUUCUACCAAUCUCUUUCUUCCCAGUGUGUAUUCUUUCUACCAAUCUCUUUCUUCCCAGUGUGUAUUCUUUCUACCAAUCUCUUUCUUCCCAGUGUGUAUUCUUUUCUACCAAUCUCUUUCUUCCGAGUGUGUAUUCUUUCUACCAAUCUCUUUCCUCCCAGUGUGUAUUCUUUCUACCAAUCUCUUUCCGAGUGUGUAUUCUUUCUACCAAUCUCUUUCUUCCCAGUGUAUUCUUUCUACCAAUCUCUUUCUUCCCAGUGGGUAUUCUUUUCUUCUUUCUCUCCAGUGUGUAUUCUUUCUUCUCCGAAGAGUGUGUAUUCUUUCUACCAAUCUCUUUCUUCCCAGUGUGUAUUCUUUCUACCAAUCUCUUUCUUCCGAGUGUGUAUUCUUUCUACCAAUCUCUUUCUUCCGAGUGUGUAUUCUUUCUACCAAUCUCUUUCUUCCCAGUGUGUAUUCUUUCUACCAAUCUCUUUCUUCCCAGUGUGUAUUCUUUCUACCAAUCUCUUUCUUCCCAGUGUGUAUUCUUUCUACCAAUCUCUUUUUAACCGAAAAUGUGUAUUCUUUCUACCAAUCUCUUUCUUCCCAGUGUGUAUUCUUUCUACCAAUCUCUUUCUUCCCAGUGUGUAUUCUUUCUACCAAUCUCUUUCUUCCCAGUGUGUAUUCUUUCUACCAAUCUCUUUCUUCCGAGUGUGUAUUCUUUCUACCAAUCUCUUUCUUCCGAGUGUGUAUUCUUUCUACCAAUCUCUUUCUUCCCAGUGUGUAUUCUUUCUACCAAUCUUUUCUUCCCAGUGUGUAUUCUUUCUACCAAUCUCUUUCCUCCCAGUGUGUAUUCUUUCUACCAAUCUCUUUCUUCCCAGUGUGUAUUCUUUUCUACCAAUCUCUUCCCUCCCGAGUGUGUAUUCUUUCACAAUCUCUUUCUUCCCAGUGUGUAUUCUUUCUACCAAUCUCGUUCUUCCCCAGUGUGUAUUCUUUCUACCAAUCUCUUUCCUCCGAGUGUGUAUUCUUUUCUACCAAUCUCUUUCCUCCGAGUGUGUAUUCUUUCUACCAAUCUCUUUCUUCCCAGUGUGUAUUCUUUUUCUACCAAUUUCUUUUUCCUCCGAGUGUGUAUUCUUUCUACCAAUCUCGUUCUUCCCAGUGUGUAUUCUUUCUACCAAUCUCUUUCCUCCGAGUGUGUAUUCUUUCACCAAUCUCUUUCUUCCCAGUGUGUAUUCUUUUUUCUACCAAUCUCUUUCCUCCCAGUGUGUAUUCUUUCUACCAAUCUCUCUUUCUUCCCAGUGUGUAUUCUUUCUACUAAUCUCUUUCCUCCGAGUGUGUAUUCUUUCACCAAUCUCGUUCUUCCCAGUGUGUAUUCUUUCUACCAAUCUCUUUCUUCCCAGUGUGUAUUCUUUCUACCAAUCUCUUUCUUCCCAGUGUGUAUUCUUUCUACCAAUCUCUUUCUUCCCAGUGUGUAUUCUUUUUGUGUGGGGUACCAAUCUCUUUCUUCCCAGUGUGUAUUCUUUCUACCAAUCUCUUUCUUCCCAGUGUGUAUUCUUUCUACCAAUCUCUUUCUUCCCAGUGUGUAUUCUUUCUACCAAUCUCGUUCUUCCCAGUGUGUAUUCUUUCUACCAAUCUCUUUCCUCCGAGUGUGUAUUCUUUCUACCAAUCUCUUUCCUCCGAGUGUGUAUUCUUUCUACCAAUCUCUUUCCUCCGAGUGUGUAUUCUUUCUACCAAUCUCUUUCCUCCGAAAGUGUUUCCCAGUGUAUUCUUUCUACCAAUCUCUUUCCUCCGAGUGUGUAUUCUUUCUACCAAUCUCUUUCCUCCGAGUGUAUUCUUUUCUACCAAUCUCUUUUUCCCUCCGAGUGUGUAUUCUUUCUACCAAUCUCUUUCCUCCGAGUGUGUAUUCUUUCUACCAAUCUCUUUCCUCCGAGUGUGUAUUCUUUCUACCAAUCUCUUUCUUCCCAGUGUGUAUUCUUUCUACCAAUCUCUUUCCUCCGAGUGUGUAUUCUUUCUACCAAUCUCGUUCUUCCCAGUGUGUAUUCUUUCUACCAAUCUCUUUCCUCCGAGUGUGUAUUCUUUCUACCAAUCUCGUUCUUCCCAGUGUGUAUUCUUUCUACCAAUCUCUUUCCUCCGAGUGUGUAUUCUUUCUACCAAUCUCGUUCUUCCCAGUAUGUAUUCUUUCUACCAAUCUCUUUCCUCCGAGUGUGUAUUCUUUCUACCAAUCUCUUUCCUCCGAGUGUGUAUUCUUUCUACCAAUCUCUUUCCUCCAGUGUGUAUUCUUUCUACCAAUCUUUUCCUCCAAACUGUGUAUUCUUUUCACCAAUCUUCUUCCUUCCCAAUCUGUGUAUUCUUUUGGCACCAAUCUCUUUCCUCCGAGUGUGUAUUCUUUCUACCAAUCUCUUUCCUCCGAGUGUGUAUUCUUUCUACCAAUCUCUUUCUUCCCAGUGUGUAUUCUUUUUCUACCAAUCUCUUUCUUCCUGUGUGUAUUCUUUCUACCAAUCUCUUUCUUCCCAGUGUGUAUUCUUUCUACCAAUCUUUUUUCCUCUGAGUGUGUAUUCUUUUCACCAAUCUCUUUCUUCCCAGUGUGUAUUCUUUCUACCAAUCUCUUUCUUCCCAGUGUGUAUUCUUUCUACCAAUCUCUUUCUUCCCAGUGUGUAUUCUUUCUACCAAUCUCUUUCUUCCGAGUGUGUAUUCUUUCUACCAAUCUCGUUCUUCCCAGUGUGUAUUCUUUCUACCAAUCUCACUUCCCAGUGUGUAUUCUUUCUUUCCUUCCCUCCGAGUGUGUAUUCUUUCUACCAAUCUCUUUUCUUCCCAGUGUGUAUUCUUUCUACCAAUCUCUUUCCUCCGAGUGUGUAUUCUUUCUACCAAUCUCUUUCUUCUCCGAAGUGUAUUCUUUUUCACUUUCAAUCUCUUUUCCUCCCAGUGUGUAUUCUUUCUACCAAUCUCUUUCUUCCCAGUGUGUAUUCUUUCUACCAAUCUCUUUCCUCCGAGUGUGUAUUCUUUCUACCAAUCUCGUUCUUCCCAGUGUGUAUUCUUUCUACCAAUCUCUUUCUUCCCAGUGUGUAUUCUUUCUACCAAUCUCUUUCUUCCCAGUGUGUAUUCUUUCUACCAAUCUCGUUCUUCCCAGUGUGUAUUCUUUCUACCAAUCUCUUUCUUCCCAGUGUGUAUUCUUUCUACCAAUCUCUUUCCUCCGAGUGUGUAUUCUUUCUACCAAUCUCUUUCCUCCGAGUGUGUAUUCUUUUUGACCAAUCUCUUUCUUCCGAAAGUGUGUAUUCUUUCUACCAAUCUCUUUCCUCCCGAGUGUGUAUUCUUUCUACCAAUCUCUUUCUUCCCAGUGUGUAUUCUUUCUACCAAUCUCUUUCCUCCCAGUGUAUUCUUUCUACCAAUCUCGUUCUUCCCAGUGUGUAUUCUUUCUACCAAUCUCUUUCCUCCGAGUGUGUAUUCUUUCUACCAAUCUCUUUCUUCCCAGUGUGUAUUCUUUCUACCAAUCUCUUUCCUCCGAGUGUGUAUUCUUUCUACCAAUCUCUUUCUUCCCAGUGUGAUGCUACGUGCUGUAUUUGGGACCACGAGGGGAAAAUCAGACAGAAAUUUAAAGGUCAUAAGGGAAAAAGCAUCUGGAGCAUGGCAAUAAGUAAAAAGGAGGAUUUAGUUGUUACUGGUGGGGGUGACAGCAGCAUUCGUGCAUGGUCAGUCCAUUUGGAUCUUUGUGCAAAACAUGUAACUUCUAAACAACUGGAAAUAACCCACUUGGAACCGGAAGCCAAAACUCCAAAUUUUCCUCGCAGUGUUACCUAUUUGAACUUUAACACCAUACUUGUAAUGACUAACAGUGGGAACCUUUACCAAUACUGCUUAAUUCAUUCUUCAUGGGCCAAUUUAAUUCUUUGGACGAUCCCAAUGUAUUUUUUAAUGUUUCUUGCAUGUCUGUGUCAAACAAAACAUGUACCAUUGCCAUUGGCAGUUUGUCUGGGACUAUCAGAUUAUUCCAACCUUCAGGACAAAAAUCUGAUGAUCAAAGUUUUCAACCUUUUCUGGAUUGAUGACAUUUAUUUAUUUACCACUGGCCCAGAAGGACUCAUGAGAUUGAGCAUUUUAAACUCAAAGGGUUCAUCACUUGGCCUUGAGCAAUUACAUCAGUUCAUCCUUCCACAGAGUAAGCAAAGAUGGGCCACUACAGCUUGCUUCUACCCAGCAGAAGAAGCAGAGAAGGAAUCUCUUGUUUGUGGAGAUCGAAAUGGCUCUGUGCAUUUGUAUUCUCUUCGACAAGAUUCGCAGCAGGUAAGCACCCCAACACAAAGCUUCUAUCGAAUCCAUGGAAAAUCCGGUGUGACAGAUGUACGUAGCCGCAAGGGUUUUUUAUUCACAGCAGGAAGAGAUGGUCAAUACCGACAGUUUAAUUCGUCCGAAGAUAAUUCACUUCAACUGCUAAACAGCAAGAAAGUUUUCAAAGGCUUUGAAUGGCUUGACCAACUUCAUUUUAAUGAUGAGGAUGAUCUUCUUAUUUUGGGAUUCCAUUCUGUAACUAGGGGCGUGGUUAUUUGUGAGGCUCAAAUACCAUCAAACCAAAAAGUGCUCAAGCCAAGCCAUCAUGGCCGACAACAGACAAAUGUUAAACACCUUUUCUCCCGGAUCGAUUCAAAAGGUCAAAUACACCAUGUGUGCAUCACAUGCAGUGAUGACACCACAGUCCAAGUGGUUGAGCUUUCAAAUGACCAUGCCAAGAAGAUGGAUCUGAAGGUUCUUUUAGUGCUGCCAGGACAUAUAUCCAGUGUCCAAACAAUCACUUGCCUGAAAACUCUUACUCCACCAUGUUGGGAAAAUGGACAGAGUUAUCUGCUCUUCUCUGCCGGUGGGCGGGCACAAUUCAAUUGUUGUCGACUCACGUUUCUGGCACCAAACAACCAGGAUGAUGACCAAACGACAGUUUGUAUUCCUGAGCAGCUAUGUAGAGAAUUUUUGGUGAAACGUAUUCCCAAGCAUUGGGCAACAAAAAACCUUACAGUCGAUCCUGAAACAAGAAUUAUGGACGUGACAGCAUUUCAUGGUCAAAGUGUUGACCCAAAUUUUCCCCAGAAUAUUGUUUUUGUUGGAAUGGCUUGUUCUGAUGGUUCUGUACGGGUUUUCAGUUUUAAUGAAGAAUCUCGCAAGCUCCAUUGUCUCUGGCAGUCUUCUGCAUUUAGCAACUGUGUCUUACAAGUCACCCACUUUGUCCAUUCUUCAAACAACACUGUUCCUUGCAGGAUAUUCCUCUUAUCUGCUGCCACAGAUGGCUAUAUAUACUUCUGGGAAAUCACUUCCAUUUGCCGUUCACAACUUGUAACCGAUUCCAGAGAGAUUCCUUGUGCUCCUGAGAAUGAGACCUUUAAUGAUUUUGCCACUGUUGAAGCUGAUUCCUUAGAGAUUCUUGGAAAUGCAUCCACUGACAACGCGGAGGAAUCCCAUGACAGGAAAAGAGUGGGAACUCUUUUAACAAAUGGAUUGAGCUCCGAUUGUAAGGAAGAAUCAGAUUUCAAUAUUUCGGCAAACAUGUCUGGAAUAAAUAGUUUGCAUAUCAAGCAAUUUCCAGAUGGCAGCUUAAUUUUGGGCUCUGGUGGUGAUGACAAUGCAUUUUUUGUGACGUCUUUUUUACUUUCUCCGCCUGAUUCAACAAAAGAAGAUAAACUGAUCAAUUGUCAAUUUUCACUCAAAAAUCAAUUUGGACAUGCAGCACAAAUUACAGGUAUUCACAUCAUAAACAAAGAAUUUAUUGUCACGUCUUCAAUUGAUCAGCGGAUCUGUUUAUGGCAUUUGCAGUUAUGUGAUGCAGAGAAAAAGUACGUGUGCGUCCUGUGCAGAUAUGUUGAAGUAGCUGAUUUAUCCAGCAUGGCAGUUUGGAUAUACAGCAAUCACCUGUACAUUGCAGUGUGUGGAGCUGGCUUAUGUGUUUUGUCAAUCAACUUGCAAUAUUUUGAUGGUGGAAACACAGACAGAGAAAACGGUUUUCUCAUGACUCCUCUAACAAACACGCAUCUUCUGAGAUGCCCAUAA